AUGGUUCCACAUCCCGCAGAGAUCCGCAGAAAGUUAGUUAUUGUCGGGGACGGUGCAUGUGGUAAGACAUGUCUCUUGAUUGUAUUCUCAAAGGGUACUUUCCCUGAAGUUUAUGUCCCUACUGUGUUUGAGAACUACGUAGCAGAUGUUGAAGUCGAUGGAAGAAAGGUUGAAUUGGCUCUUUGGGAUACUGCCGGUCAGGAAGAUUACGACAGAUUGAGACCAUUGUCUUACCCUGACUCCAAUGUGAUUUUGAUCUGUUUCUCGAUUGAUUCCCCGGAUUCUUUGGACAAUGUUUUGGAAAAGUGGAUUUCUGAAGUUUUACACUUUUGCCAAGGUGUUCCAAUCAUCCUUGUUGGAUGCAAAGUUGACUUGAGGAAUGACCCCGUAGUCAUCAAGCAGUUGUCACAAGAGAACCAACAGCCUGUUUCCACCUCAGAAGGACAAGCUGUAGCCCAGAAGAUUGGAGCUCAACACUACUUGGAGUGCUCGGCCCGAACUGGCGAAGGUGUUCGAGAAGUUUUUGAGAUGGCAACCAGAUCCUCAUUGAUGACAAAAGAGAAGAAAGAGAAGAAAAAGAAGUGUGUCGUCUUAUAA